GAAUAGUGUUGCUGUAGUAACGGGUAGAAGAGACGCUUUCGGCUAAGUCUGUUCUUAAAUACUCCGUUUUGGUUGUGAAAGAAAUGUGAAAGAUCUUAAUGUCAUGACAUGGAGUAUGGAGUAACGGCGUCUAUGUGAAGAAGUUAAACUAAUCUAAUCAUAUUCAGUGUUAGUGCAAUCUAACCUGAAUGAUCCUGUUGGCUUUUAGUUUUUGGACAUGUCAGUGAUUAACAGCCUCGUCCCAGCUCGGUUUCUCAUCCUCACUGCUCACCUUGUCAUGGUCAUCACCAUCUUCUGGUCCAGGGAAAACAAUGUUAGAUCAUGCUUACCGCUGGUCUUCACCGAGGAGCAGUACACAACUGAGGACAACCGGUUGAUUAUCGCUCUAUCAGUAACUCUGUGUCUAUUUGCCAUUGAACUGUUUGGAUUCUUCUCCGGUGUCUCGAUGUUCAACGGUAACCAAGGAGUACUGUCUAUGGCGUGUCACUGCAGCGCAUCCGUCGCUCUGUCCUUCUUUGUCACCCAGCAGUGGGAAUGUUGGGUUUACUGGAUAAUCUUCACGUUCUGCAGUGUCAUUCCUGCCCUGUGUGAGCUGGCACUGAUCAUCGCUGUGUUCGGACUGAAGAAAAAGCCGAUGUGAAGGUUUAAAUCCGUGUCCUUUGUAUUCCCCAUAAUGUUGACUGUAUUUUUAUUAUUAUUGUAACUUUAUAAUGAUCGAUGCAGCAUCAGCAUUGGUGGAUCAUUCAGAUCAGAUGGUUUGACUUCUCAUAUUUGAACAUUAAAGACCACAAAGCUGGUGGAAUUUCCAUUUCAUCAUUCAACAAAUCACGUUAGCAGUUAUUUGGGGAUUAUUUUAAUUAAGAGCCUUGGAUCAUUUGUGAAUGGAUGACUAAACACAAUUUUUGUCAGUAUUGUUCCAGUGUGAAUUUUAAUGUCUCAUGUAUAAUGCUAAAAUUGACAACUCUGAAGUUGAAAGAGGGAAGUUAGAGCGCGGAUCGCUGGAUUUUCAACCUCCAUGGGCUUGAGGUAUAAAGUGUGUGUGUGUGUGUGUGUGUGUGUGUGUGUGUGUGUUUUGUUAGCAACAAACAAGCUAACUGUGCUGAUUGUUUCCUUCUUCCAAACAGCACCAUAAUCAAUGACAUACUGUAUAUUUGA